CGCGCGCACCUGGCGCCGGACGACGUGUUCCUGUACAUGCACAGCAAGGGGCUGCGCCAUGACCAGAGCAAUAUGAACAUCUACUGGUGGACCUUCUACAUGCAGUACUUUGUGCUGCGCGAGCACGAGCGCUGCAUUGAGCUGCUGAGGAAGUGGGACACGGUGGGGGUUGACUUCAACACAGCGCGCCCGGUCGAGGGCGUGCGUCUGCACUACAGUGGCAACUUCUGGUGGGCGCGUGCGGAUUACUACCUGCGCCUGGACGCCAAAAUAGGCAGUAACUACCUCGACCCGGAGUUCUAUGUGGGCUCGGGCGACAAUGGCCGGCACUUCUCGCUGUGGCAGUCCCAGAAUGACAUGUACAAGGCGGAAUACCCACCCAAAUUUUUCACUGAUGCUGCGCCGGGCGUACGGCACUGGCUGCUGAGCUAGACUGCCCCUGUUCAUUGACGUCACUUUCUACAAACGUGACUAGUCCUGUGACAAUUCGAGUGCGGCAUAGCUAUAGGCCCUGAAAGCACAGCUGCCCAGGCUUGCUGCCCCUAUCACGCACUGCAGGCUAUUUGAUGGAAAAUACUGCCAGUGAAGCUCGCGUGUGACUCUGAAUUGCAAUUGAUUGCAUGCAAGCGUGUGCGGGGGAUGACAUGUGAGAUCAUUACAUAGGUAUUUCUGAGAUAAUCAUGACUUUUAAGUAAUCACAACUUCGAUC